AUGGGCCUCCUGCGUGUCGCCUGCGCCGCCCGCGCCGCCACGAGGGCCUCGCUGCCGUUGAGCCUGACCCAGGCCAGCAUCAACAGCUUCCCCUUCGUUCCAGUGGAUUGGGUCUUUCGCUUCUUCCCCUACUUCUCCCGUGACAAAGUGCGUUUCAUGCUGCGCUACGUUCAGAUUUCCUUCUUCUCGGGCCUGGGGUACUUCUACCUGUGGUGCCACACACCUUACGGCUGCGACAACUACGACCACUUCGCUGAGAGCCCGCUCUACUUGUUCGUGAAGUCGCGCCUGGAGAAAAGUGGCCAGCUGGAAGAGAACCUGCGGGUGAAGGUCCACCACUUCUAUCCAGUCCAGGCGGAAGCAGCUGAUGGCGACGGCGAUAACUUCGCAGCCGGCCUGAGCUUGGAGUUCCAAGAGGAGGGCGCGCGGCUGGUGGUCCGGGCCAGCCAUGGCCUGAAGCGCAGCGCCGGCGCCGAGGUGGUGGCGGCCUUGCUGAAAGGGGAUCGCCGGAUCCGGGCCCUGGACCUCCGGCACUCCCAGCUCAACGACAACGGCUUGGCGCAGCUGUCGCUGGUGGUUCGCCAGACGGACCAGCUCGAGGAGCUGCACUGCCAUCCCGUGGGCCACACGGGGCUCCAGUUCCUUCUCGGCCUGGUUCGGCGCUCUUCCCGGCUCCGAGUCCUCAGCGUGGAGGUCUGCGAUUGCCCGACGCUUUUCGUCGGCCGGCAGACCCUUGCACCAGCAGACUUCGACACGUCCGACUACACUGCACCGAAGGUGGAGGUGGAGGAGGAGGACGUUGAAGACCCCGAGGAAGUCGAAGCCAAAGCCGCUGCGCAGGUGGAGAAGCUGCGGCAGCUCUUUGCAGAGAACGACUACGAUUCAGGGGACGAGACAGCGCCCCAGCAGGAGGAGCAGAGUGGCGCCAGUGGGGUGCUGAGGAAGCUACUCCAGGAGCUGACCGCCGCCGUGAGGGAGAGGCCCAGCUUGAGCUCUGUGGACUGCUUCGGUGAGAUGGUGCCCUGGGACGUGAAGCUGGACAUCACCAGAGCUGCAGAGGAGCACCAGGCCCAGAAGCAGAAACGACUCGCCGAGAGCCAGGAGGCAGGCUCGCGCACGGCUUCCGACGUCAUGAAGGACCAGAUGGCGGAGAUCACUUCCAUCCUCCAACACGUGCAGGAGAGUGGCAUCGAGGGCGUGUUGCCUGGAGAGGAGGCCUCGCAGAAGCCGAGCUUCCUUGGAAUCCGCUCCUACAUCGCACGGCGGCUCCACUCGGCGCUGGGCGAGGCACUCUUCGAGUGCCAGCGGUUCAAGUCCAAGGAGAACCAGGCUCUGAAGACGCCGCAGGGCGAGAUGGCCUUCCUGGCCAUGUACCUGCGGAAGAUGGAGGCCGAGGCCCAGGAGGCCCAGGAGGGCGCCGGCAUCCAGAAAGAGGGCCAGAGGGCUCCUCCGGGCUCCGAGGGACUGAUGGGACUGCAGACAGGUGCGAAGCCGCCGUCCACCGUGGCGAACGGCCGGUAUCAGAUCGAGAAGAAGCUGGGUGCAGGUUGUUUUGGGGAGGUCUGGCAGGGCAGGGACAAACAAACCAACGAGAAGGUCGCGGUGAAGUUCGAGGACUCCUCGGGCCAUGCGCUGCAGUUGGAGCACGAGCAAGCUGUCUUGAAGCUCAUGGCUCAGCCACGUAGGCCUCAAGGCUUUGCAGAGCUCUUUUGGUGCGGACAGGAGCAACGCUUCAUGUGCCUGGUCAUGGAGAUGCUGGGCAAGUCCCUCGAGGACCGGCUGCAAGGCCUUGGAGGGCAAGGAAACCCUCCACGCUUCAACCCUCAGACCGCGGUCCUCGUGGCGGACCAAGUGCUGCGGCGCAUCGAGUACUUGCACUGCAAGGGCAUCGUCCAUCGGGACAUCAAGCCAGAGAACUUUAUGUUCGGAAUCAAGAGCAGGGUGCACCACCUUUAUCUGAUCGAUUUCGGUCUCAGCAAGAAGUACUUUGACCAGAAGCAUGUAGCGCUUCGGACGCAGCUCAGCCUCACAGGGACGGCCAGGUAUGCGUCCAUAAAUGCCCACAAGGGCGUCGAGCAGAGUAGGCGCGACGAUCUGGAGGCCAUCGGCCACAUGCUGAUGUACUUCCUCCGAGGAUCCCUCCCCUGGUCCGGCUUGGAUGCCAAGACCCAAGAGGAAAAGUACAGGAAGAUCCGUGAGAAGAAGGAGCAGACUCCACUUGACGAGCUGUGCGCAGGCUUCCCGCCAGCCUUCAAGAUCUACCUGCAAACAGCCCGCUCUUUGGAGUUCAAGGAGCGGCCCGAUUACGUCGCCUUACGGAAACUCUUUGCAGAUGUCCGUGCCGAGAUUGGGCCCCAGGAGGACCAUGCCUUCCAGUUUCUCGAAGGGCGAGAGUUAGGUACCCUCGAGCCUCUUGAGCAAGCGGAGUUGCGGCAGCCUGACGAUCAGGCUCCCACUGGUGGUUUCUCUUUUUGCUUCUGCGGCAGCAAGUCAGCGGUGCGGGAUUAG